CCUGUGGUUACCCUGGGCUCCCUCCUCCUCCUCUCUCAGGGAAAUCUCUUGUGUUUCUAGCAGCAAGGAAUAGACACUCUCCCCACAACAAGAAGAAGAAAGACGCUAUCCUCAGCUACAAACAAAAACUCGCCAGGGAAGGAAACAAAGAGAGAGAGAGAGAGAGAGAGAGAGAGAGGGAAGAAGAAAUCCCCCUCACACACACGAGAGAAAGAAUCACCUGGGGACAAAAACAAGGGAGAAAAUUCAGAUGCAAUUUCCAACAACUCUUCGUUCUCUUUCCCUUGUGAAGCUCCAAGCAACCAAGGUAUUCAUGCAGUAAAGGGGCGGAAGCAGUUGGUAACGUUUUGGGGUUGUUGGAGUGGCUGGAUUUUUCCUGGAAUUGAGCUUUAAAUUCAGAAGACUGAAGCCCAGGCUUACUGUCUACCUUUCACGGAGGCCAAGCCGUGAGAGGACAGAGGAAGGAACGUGGCGAAUCAUGACGGCAGAUAAAGAGAAAGAUCGUGAUCGGGACAAGGAGAGAGAAAGAAGGGAUAAACGAGAGAAUGAGCAUUCCAGGCCACGUCGCAGCUGUACUUUGGAAGGAGGUGCUAAGAAUUAUGCAGAAAGUGACCACACUGAAGAUGAAGAAAAUGACAAGGACAGUGCUACUAAUGAGGAUGCGGGGAAGAAGUCAAAAAUAAAGAAGCCACCGAAAAAGAAAUCGCGUUAUGAGAGAGCAGAGACCGGUGAUAUAACAUCAUUUGUAACAGAGGACGAUGUUGUCUACAGGCCUGGAGAUUGUGUUUAUAUAGAGAGUCGUCGCCCCAACACACCUUACUUUAUCUGCAGUAUCCAAGAAUUCAAACUGGCUGAAAUCUGUGCUCGUCAGUCGUCUAAUGCCCAUGGAAGACUUCGUAAUCUACUACCUGAACCAAGCAAACGGGACCACCUGUUAAUGAAUGUCAAGUGGUACUAUCGUCAGUCAGAGGUACCAGAUUCGGUCUACCAGCAUCUGGUUCAGGAUCGACACAACGAGAAUGGUACUCACAGCCCUCGGGUAUUUCAUCCACUUGGCCAUUCUUCAGAUUCUGGCCGUGAGCUUGUGAUCACAGACCCAGUAAUUAGGAGUCGGGAACUCUUCAUUUCGGAUUAUGUAGACACCUACCAUGCAGCAGCACUCAGAGGGAAAUGCAAUAUUAUACAUUUUUCUGACAUAUUUGCUGCCAGAGAGUUUAAGCCACGACCGGACCAAUUUUUUUAUAUACUAGGCUAUAACCCAGAGACAAGGAGGUUGAAUAGCACGCAGGGAGAAAUCCGUGUGGGGCCCAGUCAUCAGGCUAAGCUUCCAGAAUUGAAGCCUGUUCCCCUGUCCACUGGUGAAAUGGUAACUGAGCAUGAGGAGCUGGUCUGGACACCGGGUGUCAACGAUUGUGAUCUUCUUAUGUACCUAAGAGCUGCCAGGAGUAUGGCUGCCUUUGCAGGGAUGUGUGAUGGUGGAUCCACAGAAGAUGGCUGUCUUGCAGCAUCUCGUGAUGAUACUACAGUAAAUGCAUUAAAUACUCUCCACGAGAGCAGUUAUGAUGCCGGAAAAGCCUUGCAGCGACUUGUUAAAAAGCCUGUGCCCAAAUUGAUAGAAAAGUGUUGGUCUGAUGAUGAAAUGAAACGCUUCAUUAAGGGCUUGAGGCAGUACGGCAAGAACUUCUUCAGGAUCCACAAAGAGCUGCUUCCAAAUAAGGAGACGGGUGAACUGGUGACAUUUUAUUACUAUUGGAAGAAGACUCCUGAAGCAGCUAGCUCUCGUGCUCAUCGAAGACAUCGCAGGCAGGCGGUAUUUAGAAGAAUUAAGACACGUACUGCAACAACCCCAGUGAAUCCGUCCCGGCCACCAUCUGGUGAAUUCUUGGAUCUCAGUUCUGCCAGCGAGGAUGACUUUGACAGCGAAGAUAGUGAACAGGAGCUGAAGGGCUACGCCUGUCGCCAUUGUUUCACCACUACAUCCAAAGACUGGCACCACGGAGGAAGAGACAAUAUAUUAUUGUGUACCGAGUGUCGGAUUCACUUCAAGAAAUACGCGGAAUUGCCACCUAUCGAUAAACCAGUGGAUCCACCGCCCUUUAUGUUUAAACCAGUCAAAGAAGAAGAAGAUGGGCUCAGCGGGAAACAUAGCAUGAGGACCAGAAGGAGCAGGGGCUCGAUGUCUUCACUGCGCAGUGGUCGUAAAAAGCAGACAGCCAGCCCUGACGGUAGAACCUCUCCUAUCAAUGAAGACAUCAGGUCCAGCGGCCGUAAUUCUCCCAGUGCUGCAAGCACAUCCAGUAAUGAUAGCAAAGCAGACUCUAUGAAAAAAUCCAGUAAGAGAUCAAAGGAUGAUGUAUCAUCGCCAUCAAAGAGUGCCAAACGCCAAAGAGAAAAGGCUGCUUCUGAUACAGAAGAAUCAGAAAGAUUAAAUGCAAAGAAGUCCAAAACACAGGAAAUCAGUAGACCAAAUUCACCCUCUGAAGGAGAGAGUUCUGACAGCCGCAGUGUUAAUGAUGAAGGAAGCAGUGAUCCAAAGGAUAUUGAUCAGGACAAUCGCAGCACGUCACCAAGUAUACCGAGCCCAAGGGACAAUGAGAGCGAUUCUGAUUCCUCUGCACAGCAACAAGUAUUACAGUCUCAGCCUCCUGUACAUCAGAAUCCAUGUGCCUCUUUGCCAUUAGCACAACUGGAACCACCACAAAUGCCCCCUCCAGCAUCAUCCUGCGCUGUAUCAGUUUCUCAACAAUUGUCUCCUGUUUCACAGCCUCGAAGUCAGACACCUCCCCAUUCACUUCUGCAGCCUACACCACAGCUUCAUCCCCAGAGACUAACAUCACCACAUCCUCCAAUUCAGCAGCAGUUGCAACCUCAGUCACAACCUCUUCCCCAGACACAGCCUCAGCUUCACACUCAGGUGCAACCAUUGCCUCAUUCACUGCAAGCUCAGUCUCUCAUACAGCAUCAACUCCAAGGUCCGCCAUUCUCAAUCAACCCUCAGCCUCCACAGCCCCAGCUACAGCAGGCUUCUGCCCAGGGGCCAACUACAACACACUCACAGCAACACACUCCUACACAAGUCCAAGCACAGCCUCCACCACCUUCCCAAGUUCAACCGCAGUCACAGCCUCCAAGAGAGCAGCCUUUGCCACCUGCCCCUGUGACUAUGCCUCACAUUAAGCCACCCCCCACAACACCAAUUACUCCUGUUUCUAACCCACAGUCACAUAAACCACCAACUCACCUUGCGGGACCACCUCCCUUCCCACAAAUGCCUUCAAAUUUACCACCCCCUCCAGCUUUAAAACCAUUGAGCUCCCUUUCCACCCAUCACACUCCCUCUGUUCAUCCACCUCCAUUGCAGUUAAUGCCUCAAACUCAACAGAUUCAACCUCCUUCUGCUCAACCCCCAGUAUUAACCCAAGCUCAGAGCCUUCCAGCGACUGCACCUCAUCCUCAAGCAAUAUCGCACCCUGUUCCUUCUCAGCCACCAUAUGCCCAGCAUCCUUUCAUCCCAUCAGGGGCUCCUACCAUCGCCUCAUCAUCAGCAUCUGCCACAUCAAGUGUUGCGCCCAUCUCUACCAUUCAGCCUACAGCUUCCAUCGUUACAUCUAUGUGUUCUGCUGGGAACAUCACAAAUACUCCACCUGCCACAGUGACGAGCAUUCAGAUUAAAGAGGAAAUACAGGAUGAACCAGAGGAUCCAGACAGUCCUCCUCCAUCACCAAACAGGAGUCCAUCUCCAGAACCAACAAUUGUUAGUGCACCAAGCCAUGCCAGUCAGUCAGCCAGGUUCAUCAAACACUUGGAUCGUGGUUACAAUUCCUGUGCACGAUCAGACUUGUACUUUGUGCCACUGCAAGGAUCAAAACUGGCCAAGAAGCGGGAAGAAGUAAUAGAAAAGGCUAGGCGGGAAGCUGAGCAAAAGGCGAGAGAAGAGAAAGAGAAAGAAAAGGAAAAAGAAAAGGAGAGAGAACGAGAACGGGAACGAGAGAGGGAAGCUGAAAGAGCAGCGAAAGCUUCAAGCUCCUCCCAUGAGGGACGCAUGGCAGAAUCUCAACUGGUUGGGCCAGCUCAUUUAAGGCCUUCAUUUGAACCACCGCCCACCACCAUUGCAGCUGUCCCUCCAUACAUUGGACCAGACACUCCAGCACUACGGACUCUCAGUGAAUAUGCAAGACCACAUGUCAUGUCUCCAACCAAUCGUAACCAUCCAUUCUUUGUUCCAUUAAAUGCCUCUGAUCCAAUCCUGGCUUACCAUAUGCCAAGCCUCUACAGCGCUGACCCUGCAAUGAGAGAACGCGAGCUACGUGAGAGAGAGAUUCGGGAGAGAGAGAUUCGUGAAAGGGAGUUCCGUGAAAGGAUGAAGCCAGGCUUUGAGGUUAAGCCACCUGAACUGGACGGACUGCACCCAGCUGCUAAUCCUAUGGAUCCAUUUGCUAGACAUGGUGCAUUAACAAUCCAACCAACAGCUGGAGCUCAUCCAUUCCCUCCUUUCCACCAUGGAUUGAAUCCUCUAGAAAGAGAAAGACUUGCACUUGCAGGCCCUCAGUUGCGGCCUGAAAUGUCUUACGCUGAUAGACUGGCAGCAGAAAGAAUACAUGCUGAACGCAUGGCAUCUCUUGCAAAUGACCCACUUACAAGACUGCAGAUGUUCAAUGUGACGCCACAUCAUCACCAGCAUUCACACAUACAUUCGCACUUACACCUACAUCAGCAAGAUCCAUUACAUCAAGGUUCAGGAGGUGUGCACCCACUGGUGGAUCCUCUAGCAGCUGGACCACAUUUGGCUCGUUUUCCAUACCCACCAGGUGCAAUACCCAACCCACUUUUGACCCAGGCUCCUCAUGAACAUGAAAUGCUCAGGCAUCAUCCUGUUUUUGGUGGACCAUAUAGAGACCUGCCUGGUGCGAUCCCAGCUCCGAUGUCAGCAGCACACCAACUGCAGGCAAUGCACGCCCAGUCAGCAGAACUACAGAGACUAGCAAUGGAACAGCAGUGGCUACACGGCCAUCACCAUAUGCACGGAGGUCCACUUCCUGGGCAAGAAGACUAUUAUAGCCGUCUGAAAAAGGAAAGUGACAAGCCACUUUAAAUUCUGAACCAUAUGAAGGCUCACUCUGACGGACAAAGGUUACUCAACCAGUACUUUGGAAGGAGCUCUGACAUCCUACAAGAAUGACAAAGAGAUCUUCCUAAAAAGAUUUUCAACCCCAACCCCAACCCCUCACCGCAACAAAAGAGAUCAUAUGAUUUUAUUUUGUAAUAUUCAUCUGUGGAGGGGCUGGCUGUGGAUCAUUGCAAGACAUUGCAUUUGAUAAUAUGAUAGUCAAAAAUGCACGCUGAGCAGUGUUUCCAGCUGUUCUUGUUUUGGUACUGGACUGAGUUUCAAAUGGUCACUGCACAAUGCAACCUAACUAAAACAAAACAGAAAAAGUCAACAGAUUUACAUUCUGAUUAUAAGUACUCUCGUACAUUUUAUUACUCCUUAAAUAAUAUGUAGGAUAUCCUCAUAAUUUUAAAGAAAAGUGAAAUCUAUGGCAUGGCUUUUGAGUUUGUAAAUAAAGAAAAUUAACCUUAUAAGUAAAGGAUUAGUUGUGGAUUUCUAAUUGGAUAACAGAUUGCAAAAGUUAAAUGUUUUAAACAGCUUCAACUCCUUUAAUUAAAGGAGAAGUUAGCUGUGUGGUAAUGUUUCCUCUGAAAUGGAGUGUUUUUUCUGUGUGUCUAGUAGCAGUGGCAUGCAUCAAAAGGUUGCAGGGAUUGUGGUCCAGACGAACGUCAACAUAGAUUUUAAUUAACAUUAAAAAAAGCUACAUAAAUAGUAUUUUACCAUCACUGGGUUUGGGCACCCCAUACCAUGCUGGUCAACAAUGCAGACUAUUACUAGACUGAUCUCUUGCCAACAGCAUGAAAGAAAAUCUAGGCUCUCUGUUGUAAUCAUUAAAAAUAUUUUCAGUAUCCAAAAUAUUUAAGACAGUUGAAUCUUUUACCGCCGUUUUAUAGUGAUAAUUUUAUGAUUAUAAUUAAAAAAAAUUAGGAACAAAUAAGCUACUUUUAUAUUUGCGUUUAACGUAACAUCCAGCAUUUUUGCUUUCAUUAAAUAUGCAUUAAAGUAUUGCACAUACCUGUGGCAUCAUGCUAAUUUUCUGCUUGUCAACCUAUUUUGUUAUGUUGGGGAUGGAGCUGACAACCUAUAAUUAAAUAUCAGAUUCAAGGGCAUUAAUGAGUCACAAGUCACAUUCACAAAAAUUAAGUAAAAAGUUUGGGAGUACUGAAAAAUAGGACCAAAAGUACAAAUUGAACUUCUGUCGUGAUGUUUGAUUGUGAUCACGCACCUAUCAUUAGCGUCUCAAUCCACAGAGGUUUGUUGUCAAACAUUUAAGCAGCAUGGGCCUCCACUGUAGAGGUGCACUGUACUCAAGUAUACUUCUCUCUCCCAAUGAGAGAACUUUCAAAGAGGGGAGCUUGAGUUAGGACAAAGGCUUGUGCUUACUGGUGGACAAGUCCUUUUUAUUUCUGAAAUAAAUGCUCUGAAAAGAUGUUGAUUUAAAUAAUGUUAGUCACUCAAAAAGAUUCAGUUUUAAAGUCCCUUUUCUAGAUAUAUGUAUGUCAUAGUGUUUGGUUGGUUAUGGGCCCUUGAUUACCUUGUGGAGAUUUAUAUUCAUUUUUACUCAAGUCCUUUACCAUGAUACAUUAGUAUCUAAUUUCGGCAGUGGGGGUACCUGAGAUACUAGCAAACUGAACUGAAAACUUGUCAGUAAAUAACAUUAACUUUAGAGCAGGGGCUGACUGAUCUUGCUCUUUUGUCAAUCACAUUUUUAUAUCUUAAACAACUAAAAAUACCACUCUUAAAAAGGUUUUGAAAGUUCAAACUUUACAUUUUAUCAAAGAAGCUAUCACAUUGUUGUCAGAAGCUGAAUGCAGAGAGUCUGGCUGAUGUCUGCACUGGGUAACUGGUUUCCUGAUGGUGCGUAUUUGUCUUUCCCCUUGAUUUUAUCAAGGACUGUAUAUUCUCCAUUGUAGACUGUUAUGUGGUGUUCACUGUCAUAGGACUGUGUUUAAUUAAAAGAAAGAACUACAUGGUGUGCUCACACCCUGGAUAGUGACACAAAGGUUCAAGUUUUUAUUUUGCUUUUGUGUUUACCGAAGUAUAAUGUUUAAUGUUGUCAAUGGUCCAGCUUCUUAUUUCACUGCAGCAUUAGCAGAAUGUACAUUCUGAUGCUAAAUUUAUAUAUAUCUUGAGGCUUAAUGUAUAUAAUAGUAGUUUGCCAUGGGAUAACACAAUGUAAACAAAAGGUAGAAGCAAAGAUUGUGAGUCCUGUGUUUUCUCCAUUUGAGUAUUUUGUAAUUUUUGAAAUAUUUGUGACUUAAAUAAACCAGACAGAGCUGCAA